AUGUCGGCAAGGUUACGUAAUCUUAAUCCAUAUGAAUUGCAUAAGUACUUGGUUAAUGUGUAUUGUUUAAAUACAAAGGGCUCUACGGGACGUCUUAUACGUGACACAUCUAAGGAUAGAACAGAUCUUGAUGUUAUAAGAGAAAACCACAAGUUUCUUUGGGAAGAGGACGAUGUGGCCGACACAUGGGAGAAGCAGUUAGCUAAAAAAUAUUAUGAUAAACUCUUUAAAGAGUAUUGUAUAUGUGAUUUAACCAGAUAUAAAGAGAAUAAAGUAGCACUGAGGUGGCGUAUCGAAAAAGAAGUUGUUCUUGGGAAGGGACAAUUCCACUGCGGCUCUAAGGGGUGUAACAGCGAUCAAGGGCUAAAAUCGUGGGAAGUUAAUUUUGCUUACCGGGAAGGCGACGAAAAGAAGAACGCACUUGUUAAAGUUCGUCUUUGUCCAGAAUGCUCCGAAAAAAUAAACUACCGAUCUAAAAAGCGGGAGAUUAAAAGGUUAAAGAAGAGUCAUAAAAAGAAGAAACGUGGUAAAGAAUCAGUUGAAGAAGAAGAUGUACCCCAAAUAGAAACUGAAGACAUAUCUGAGGAGCCAUCGACAUCAGUCCAAGCGGUGACCGAUGACGGAAACUCUUUGUGGAAGAAAGGUGUUCAAGAAACAGAAGAAAAAUCUCGCGAAGAAGAGUUCGAAGACUACUUGGAAGAAUUGCUGUUAUAA